AUGCUUUCCAACUUGGUUACUGCGUUUGCAUACCUGUCUCUGGCAGCUGCAAUGCCCGCAAAGCGACAGCCAAUCGACGAGCGUGGCCUCCACAGCAUCAUCAACGACCUGGAUGCUCGUGGCGAAAGCCUCGAUUCGCUCAUCAAGCGAAUUGACCCCAAAAUCUACAGAGACGAAAUUCCUGAUUGUUCUACGGAGGACCCGAGCUUCAUGAUCCCGAAGCAGACCGGUUACUCGGUUGAUCAAGGUGUCAAGCUUCCGAGGAUGGGCAACAAUGAUGCUUGCACGACUGGGCACAACGGCGAUCACUGCUGGACUGAGUACUGGCUCGUUGAGUCUGCAGUAGAGUAUACAAGCUGGCAGAACUCUGGUGCUGCUAUUGACUGCAAAUCAACGUCGUCUUGUAAUUCGAAUGUUGCUCAACUCAGACAAAGCUGCACCUCAUACACCCGCUCAUCGAGCAAUGGUGUCGACUACAAGAUUCUGGACGCCUCUUUAGCCUAUGCCAUUCCCAACACUGCAGCUACGGUCACCUUCGGCAGUAGCAUCAACUACCAGCAUACCGAUGUUAGCAGCGACACAAGCAUGAUCUGCACAACUGAUUCCACAACCAACCAAUGCAACUGGGAGGACCAAGCCUGUCACCAAGUCUGGUUUGCUGAUCGCACCAAGCGAAUCUGGGGACACAUGGACCGAGUCUGUGUUGGCACGACUGACGCGGGUAAGUACCCUGAUGUUCAAAGAUCUGACCCAAUUCUAACCGAUUUUUGCACAGCGGUUCAGCAGCAAACUCUCAACGCCAACGGCCGCUAUGUUCGCGGCCAGGCUGAAUUCAGCAUUGCCAUUCCUAUCAACCACAUUGUUGGCUGCAAUGCACUUUGCUCCGAUCAAACCUACAGCGAGCCUAUCCCUACUGAUGGAACUGUUCGCAUGCCGUUUGAUGUCACCUUUGAUUAG